GGUCUUCCCGGAGUCCCCAGGAGCUAGGACCAGGGUGCCAGUGUCCGGCGCUGCGUCUCCAAGAUCGGGCGGGCCGGUAGCGGGUGAUCUGAGGCUGCUCUCCGGCCGACGCUUGUCUUUAGGGCUCGGAUUAUUCGGUGCUAGCGUGGGGCGCGGGGUUACCGACUCGGACGGAGCCCUUUGCGUGCGACUUCUUAGGGAGCCGGUGCGGAUGGCUUUCCGAGAGCUCGAGUGGUCACGUGCCUCUCUUUUCCCUGGAAAGUCCUGUGUCCCUAUGACCUUGGAAGGAGCUGCCUGAGACUCUCCGUUCAGCUAGCAUCCGCAGCCCUGAGCCACCAAAGCCUGGAGAAGAUGCAGCUGUACCUGGUGCUUCUCCUCAUCAGCUACUUGCUGACUCCGAUCGGUGCUUCCAUCUUGGGGCGCUGCACAGUGGCUAAGAGACUCUAUGACGGGGGCUUGCAUUACUUCGAGGGUUACAGCCUUGAAAACUGGGUGUGCCUGGCUUAUUUUGAGAGCAAGUUCAACCCCUCAGCUGUCUAUGAGAACUCACAAGAUGGCUCCACCGGCUUCGGCCUCUUUCAGAUUCGUGACAGUGAAUGGUGUGACCAUGGCAAGAACCUCUGCAGCGUGUCCUGCACUGCUUUACUGAAUCCAAACUUAAAGGAGACGAUCGAAUGCGCCAAGAAAAUCGUGAAAGGAAAACAGGGGAUGGGAGCAUGGCCCGUCUGGUCAAAGAACUGCCAGCUGUCUGACAUUCUGGAUCGGUGGCUGGAUGGCUGUGAUCUGUAGGCACCUGAGUGGCCCUGCCUCACUUGCCAGCCGAGUCUCGGGACUGAGGAUGCUUUUCUGUUUGCUGCUUCAAUCCAUCCAGUUACCUCACCGCUGACAGCUCCAGAUGGAAAAGGAUGACAGUCCUCACUUCAUCCAGGGGUUCAAGGUGCAGAAUAAACCAGCUAAUUACUCAGCCUGG